AUGUUUCUGUCUCUAGUGCCUCGAAAAGAACCUUUGGCAGUGAUCGAUGAGCCUACCACCUCGAAUUAUGGCGAUCAAUUCGUAGAGCGCGUAGUGUUUCAUCCGAGUCGAGGUAGUAUCGUGUGCGUCAAAGGAGACACAUUGGAAGAGCUGGAUGUCAACACUGGAGCUUUACUCUGUCACAUCACGUUCGACUUGCUGGCUUCCAGUAACGUGGACUUGAUCCUCCCUGCAGGCCCCCACUUCGUCGUGGGGCUGUUACAAUCUCGUCUUCUCGUCGUUUGGGAUCUGGAUGAAUCUGUGCUAUUAGCCACAUCAGACGCCGACAAAGUGCACGGAACUCGUCGCGUUACGGCACUUGCUACUUCACUUUGUACCGAUCGAUGGUUAUUCUUCAAUGCUGAAGGCAGUAACAACGUUCGAGUCACUCGAGUUGAUUCUCCACGUCCAGCUCGAGAAAUUCUGCGUAAAAGUGCUCUUCGAGGAGGCUCCGUUGUCUCGCUGGCAUACUCAACUGAGCACCAUUUACUCAGUUCUGGAUGCAACGAUGGCACUAUUCAAGUGUGGAGUAUCUCGUCAAACGAAGUGGAUGGUGGAAUCCCUAAAAAGGGCCAGGAAUCAACAGGUUUUGCUACUCCACUCUUCGCAGUGCAGUUAGCUCAGUCUCCAGUCGUGGAGAUAUGUAUCGGAAUGUGCACUGGAUGUGGUACAAACGGGAGUCGUAGCAACAUGUUCCUCGCAGCAGCCUACCAAAACCGCCGUGUCGAUGUUAUUGCGAUGAAUGGCCAAGCUCACACUUGUGUCGCCUCCACAAUGUUGGCUCCACCUCAAACACCGGACUUGUCAAGACUAGGAGGAAGGCUAACGUUGGCUCUUCAUCCUCAACUUCCAGUGUUGCUGAUGCAUUGGCGUUCACAUAAAAGUGAAGUCGGAAUCGAUGUCAUUGCAGCGUGGGAGCUUGUGAAAACCGAAGGGAACUCGGUCACGAGUCCUAGAGGUGGAGCAGGCGGCAACAGUAGUGGCGGAGGUGUGUUUGCCACGGACAUCGUUCUGUGGCAAAACUCGCUUGCAGUCUACGCUAGCACCGUAAACCGGCGAUCCAUCUUCCUUGUCGACGUGCAGUCAAAUGCGACGUCAAUAAGUACCGUUGAAAUGGAGCCUAAGACUGUUCUAGCACUGAGUACAAUGACGCAGCUUACACUCGCUCAGUAUCAUGACUAUCCGACCGGAAUUCCAUCGUCACAGCUGCAAAUUGCUGUAAAGACCAGCGCCAAAGGCACUCCAGUGCUAAAAUUGCAACGAUUCUCUCAGCUUUCAGGUCGAUUAACAGGCUCAAGCGACCAACUUCCCGACUGGAAAAGCGAGCGUGGAGUUGCGCUCUUACCAUUCCAAAUGCUUUCGAAUAGAAACCAGUCCGCUGUGUGCAUUAAACUACGCGAAAAAGGUCAAGACGCAGCAACAAAUGAUGUCCGUGCCUCUUCCUUCUCGUUUGCAGUGCUCGAUCUCGAUGUUACGGUGGAUCCUGCAAUGACCGACGUCGUUGUCAACCCGGAUGAAGAAGAUGGAGUAGUCGCUCCAAGCGCUUUACCGGCGAUUGAGUUAAAAUACGGUCCGCUACAGCAUGAAGCUCGAGACCUCUGCUUCGGUAUGAAUCCAUCCCUAGAAAACGCUGACGCCAAGUCUCUACCCUAUCUCCUGCUAGUACUAUCCAAGACUGGAGAUGCGAUUGCUUUUCAGACGACUCGUGAGUCCAGCAAUGAACGUGUGAAGCUGAAUCAACCCGUCGCCCGGGUAUUCGCCACACCACUACUACUCUCGGCAUCUUCUCCGUACCAACAUGUUGUGUGCAAGUUGCUGUAUCUACUCGAUGCAGGUCUUCAAAAUGAGCGACUUGUGCUAAGUGGAGACGAUCUUUCUGUACCAAUUGAAAACUCCUCGUCCUGGACUUGUGGGUCGAACGAACGCGUUGUCGACGUACAAUGGAAUUCUUCAACCUGUCCACAAAUUGGGCCGCACGACUCACAGCAGCAUCUUCUAUUGGCUGUCACCACCACUCGACGUGUUGUGGUGCUUUCUCCUGAACUCCAUGAACUGCGUGCAUACGACUUUAACGAAGAUCUCGUGGGGGUACCAGACAGUGUACUGUGGGUCUCCCAGACACUCCUGUACAGCACUACUGGAAACCAAGUUCGCUACGUCACUCCUGUAGCUCAUCAUCUUCAAGAUACUAGUCGACUUGUAUGCAGCAUAGCUGACCUUGGCAUUCGUUCAGGUUUUACUCGAUCUAGUAUUCAACUCGUCUCGAUGUGUGGGGAUCGACUGUGCUACGCGGUUUCCAAUCCAACGACGUUGUCCAGUCGAUUGACGCUGCAUUCCGUGGCUUUAUGUGAGCCGCUUCUGCUGGGUUUUGCCACUCCUAACGCCACGUUACGCCGUGUAUUCGAACGUGAAAUGGUUGCGUUUACACUCAUGAGUGACGAUAGUGAUCGUCCUGUGUGCUCGAUCUCCGACGCAGUGCUGGAGACUGCGUAUCACGCGUUCGGAUGGAAAGAUAAAGUGCUUAAAGUGCUGAAAGCACUGCUCAACUCGCACGAAAAAUCGUCUGCGACUGUAGCUGUAGACGGUGCGGCAAUUGCUGCUCCGUCUUCAAACUACAGUAGAACGUCUCUACUGUCGAGAACAAUGAUGAGCUCCAUCUUCCUCGACGCUCAUAAAUGGGAGGAUUUCUCGCGAGUCUUCCUCGCGCAUGACCCUGCACUUGAAGAAUACGUCAUAGCUAUCGAUUCAGACGGAGCUGCGAAGCUUCCGUCCAGAAUGGGACCCACAGCUCGACGCUUUCGACAACUCGCGGUAGUAUUUGAGAGUAUUGGUCAACCGGACUGGGCGAUGCGUUGCCUCGAUCUGUCAGGAGACGAUGAAGCUCUCUUGACGAUGUUCCGCAAGUUCAACACUGCCUCAGCUUCUUCAGAAGUGCUCGAUACGCUUCAGAACGCUUGGAACAAGCUGAACCCACCUCUGAGUGCUAUCACGAAGGCUGCUAUGACACAGAGUCAAGACCUACAGAAUGAUCCCUUCUCUGCUCUCUGUUGCGAAACGCUAACGCAACCCAUGCGUCGUGGACGUCUACUACACAGUGUAGCUCCACUCGAUCGCCUCAGACUACCCGUUGAGAAGCAGCCAAGUCAGGAUGACUCAACUGACUCCACACGUGCUGGAACGUUACUGUGGAAGCGUCUAGCUCCAGAAGAUGCGAGUGAAUGGCUGGGUGUAUCAACCAAGACACGAGUGGCUACGACUGACCCACGUGCAUUAAAUUACUCCAUCUUCGCUACUGAAGCGUCAGCUAUCACAGCAAAUGCGAAGAUGACUAUCGGUCCUUUCCAAGACGAAGAAGAUGCCGUUGUGGCGUAUUGGCGAUUCGAGGAAGGGGCUACAGCUAGCGGUGAAGCUUCACCCGAUGGGAUCGAGUGCUUGGACACAUCUAAACGUGAAAAUGCCUUACGUGUCUUUGGUCCUGUGACUCUCGUUGAGUCUUCCGCGCCUGUGGAUCGUGGAGAACCUGGUCGUAUCCCGGAAGAAUUCGCACUACGCUUCCCUUCUUCUACGUCUUCCCUGGCUUCAAGUGGCUGGGGAGCUCAAUGCCCCAUCCGACCAGGCAGCACUCUCGAUGUUGCCACCACUUUCGACGAAGACCCGUAUCGUCGUGAGUUCACUUUUGAAGUGUGGAUUCGAAACUACAAAAUGUAUGAUCAAGUUCAGAAAAUUGUUGAAGGUGGCGAGGAAAUACCAGCAACUUUAUCCGGUGGCGCUCGCCAAGUGUUGGUAUCUCGCAGACGUGUAGAGACCCUUGACGAUGGCGUGAAAGGAGAAGAUGUAUCCGGUCUUGUGAGCUGGGAAUUGGCUGUCGAUGAAGACGACCAUUUGGUGCUUACGUGCGGGAACCAGCAAGUGCGCUCGACGCAGAAGAUGGAGCACACUGGUAACCAAGGCUGGCGUCAUGUCGCCUUUACUAUGGACGUGUCAUCUGCUCAACGUAUUGGGCUUAAACUGUAUAUUGACGCUCGCUGCGUUGGAGAGUCGCAGACAGCACCGAGUAACCAAACUGUGUCGAAACCCUCGAAACUGCUGCUAGGCUGGCGGAUGCAGGAUUACGAGAUGACUGAAGUUCGUCUAUGGGCCACAGCGCGUUCUGCUGACCAGUUAAGUGACAUGCGUGAAAACUAUUUGGGCCUUGCAGAAGCCAAACGCCGCAUGAAGAUCGCAAUUCAUCAGCGUAAUUGCACGUGCGAGAAGUGCGUGUCGAGACGUGCUCAAACUGCAGGCGCUGGAGCUGGUGGAGCUCCUCGUUUGGGGUUAUCGCUAAGCACGCCCUUAGCUCCACCCUCUCGGCAACGACGUGUAGUCCCGCAAGCUAAAACCACAUAA